AUGUCGCUUUUGCAAUGGCAGAAACUGAGCCCUUCUGAGUUCCAGCAGUUACAGGAGUAUACUUCAUAUUCAUCCAAGAAGCUGAAGGAUGUUUUGGAAGAGUUCAAUGGGGAUGGUGUACUUGGGAAGUACAACCCAGAAGAGCCUAUCGACUACGCUGGUUUCAAGCUGUUCAUGGAGACUUAUCUGGAGGCGGAAAUUCCGGAGGACCUGUGCAAGCAUCUGUUUCUCUCCUUCAUGAGGAAGCCGGCCUUGGGGCCGGCCGCCCCAUUGACCACCUCGGGUAAGGAUUUCAACGUGAAAGACAUGGCUGUGGUGGCGUCUCAGACCAUUUGCGCGCCCUUGUCAACCGAACUCCAUUUUGAUAGCAAAGUUUCCACAUCUACCUCGGGCGACAAAGACAGCAGCGGCAGACAUCACAGUCUCCUGGCGGAGAAGCUGCACGGCCUCACAGAGAAGCUGCACGGACUGGGUCACUCCAGGUCGGACAGCGGGGCUGGCGAUUCGGGGAAACGAAGUCGGGCAGGCUCGGCUUCGGCAGCGAGUCAUCCAUCUUUGGCUGUGGCAGUUACAGCUUCAUUGGACAAAAACCACCCUGACGAUUCCACUCCUCCAGAUGUGUCCAACCACUCCCGGUCAUCGUCCAAGAAAUCCAGCCAUAGCAUACACAGUGUGCACAAUGGUCCUCUCCUAGAUGGAACUGACCCCUGGAUACGCCAGUCAAACUCUUCUCUCCUACGUACCAACAUUGACCUUAAAGCAGUCCGCAACCGCUCCAUGAGCCUGGAGAUCAAAGCAGGACAUAUCUAUCUCAAGGACCUGGUGUGUUACCUCUCAUUAUUGGAAGCAGGCCGGCCUGAAGACAAGUUAGAAUUUAUGUUUCGUCUCUACGACUCGGACGGAAACGGACUCUUGGAUGCCUCUGAGAUUGAUUGUAUAGUGAACCAGAUGAUGUCAGUGGCAGAGUACUUGGGAUGGGAUGUUUCCGAACUCAAACCUAUAUUACAAGACAUGAUGAUAGAAAUAGAUUACGACCUGGAUGGAACAGUGUCACUGGAAGAGUGGAAGAAAGGUGGUAUGACCACCAUACCGUUGUUAGUUCUCCUAGGCUUAGAUACGAAUGUCCAAGAUGAUGGCACACAUGUGUGGAGACUCAAACAUUUUAACCGUCCUGCCUACUGCAACUUGUGUCUUAAUCUUCUAGUUGGUCUAGGCAAACAAGGUCUUUGUUGUUCAUUUUGUAAAUACACAGUUCAUGAGAGGUGCGUGCAGAGGGCUCCCGCCUCAUGUAUUACAACAUAUGUGAAAUCAAAGAAAACCUCUCAGGUGAUGAAUCACCACUGGGUGGAGGGCAACUGUGCGGGCAAGUGUGACCGCUGCAGGAAAUCCAUCAAAUCUUAUAACGGAGUGACCGGCUUACAUUGUCGUUGGUGCCAUGUUACUCUACACAACAAGUGUGCCAGCCACAUGAAGCCGGAGUGUGAUCUGGGAGAAUAUCGGGAUCACGUGCUGCCUCCAACAGCUAUUUGUCCAGCUGUGCUGGUGAGACUUCCCGU